CUCAAGAAUCUUUCUACAUUUCAUCUGUAAAAGUGACUGUUCCAGGAGAGCUCAGUCGACUUCUGAUGUCCCUCAGUCCCAACCUAGAUGAUGACACCAAGAGGAUGACACUUCAUAACAUCACUCAGUGUAUCUACUUGAAGGCAUCUGAGGCAAAUGGUUGCACCAAUGAGGACAUAAAAUUAGUGGCCUGUUUCCUGGAUGAUGGGGAUAAAGAAACCAAAACUGAGGCCCUGAAUGCCCUCAAAGCUUUCACUGCCAUCUGGAGGUUUAAAAUCAAAAUCCAGGAAUAUGUCCCCAAAAUUAUUGAGAUGGUGACAAGCAACCGGGACAACAAUCUGCAAAUUGCUGGUUUGAGGCUGCUGAAUGGGUUGCACAUACCAGACCACACACACACAUUAUUGAAAAUGAAGUUCUCAAACUUUAUGGACAUUCUGCUUGUGGCAAACACUUUGGUCAAGGUACAAGUUCUCAAAUUUCUUGUAACACUCGCUGAGAAGGAAGACCUGCUGUAUGACAUCAUGAAUUGUCGGGCAUCCCCUGAAUUCCUGAACCUCUUCCAGACAUCUCAACCUGGGAACCUGCUUUAUGAGAUGUUAGUGUUUGUGGAACGACUCAGUGAAGGGCGCCUGUCUCCACAGUAUCAGUCAAGGCAGUGGAAAUACAACAAUAACACCCUCCAUGAAAUGAUCUUUGGCGACAAUUCCCGCCUUUCUGACCGCUUGCUGGCUCUCAUUAUCCAUCCUGAAGACGAGGUGCAGACUCAGGCUUGCAAAGUGAUCCUCAGCCUGAGGCUCAACAGGGAAGAAAGUAGGGCCACUAGUGGGAAUAGUAUAGGGUCUGAGAUCAGUGCUUACCCUCUUGAAUCUACCAGACAAAGCCAGGUUGUAAAUGCCUCCCCCGGCAGCCAGCCUCUUAUUCCAAACGUCCCAACCACCAACUCCUCCUCUGAUGCUCUUCACGGUGAAAGUGGUCACAGCUUUUACCCUCUGCAGGGCACCAACGAGACUGACCACAGCUUCCAUCCCCUAGAGAGGGCCGACCACAGCUUCCAACCCCUUCCGAAUAUCAGUGUGGAGAGCAGUGGCCAUGUCCUGGAGGAACAGAGGGAUAACUUUCACCCUCCCCCAGUUGCUGGCUCAGACGAGAGCGACAGCAGCAUUUGAAGGGGGCAGCUGUACAGAGGAAAAAAGAGACUAAUAAAUGUGUUGGCAAACAGAGGGAAAUGCCUUUCUGUCUCUAUGUAAAAAAACACAAAAGAGACAGAUAUUCUAACUUCUCCCAAAUCAGAAGAGCCCUUGUCUAAAGUGUUUAAAAAAUCAGUCCCUUUUCUGUCACUGAUAUGGGAAAUGCUAACCAUGUCCUCUCUGUUAUAUAUUUAAAGUUUGGAGCAUUGGAAACACCAUUCAGUGAUUUCGCUCCAAAACUACAUUCACCUUGCCAAAAUCUGGCUGGCUUAGCAUAUUGCAGCUUGGGAUAUUGUGUAAACCCAGCCAAUUGUGAUGAAUAAAUUAAGCCAUGGUUAAGCUAACCAUGGCUUAGCACAGUCUGUAAACCCAAUCCAAAGCUUUGUAGAUCUGCAAACACAAUCACCCAUGAAGAUGUUUUCUUAAAACCAUGCCACAAGUGCAAGAAAAAUUGGCCAGAAAGGAAAACUGGUUGUAUAUGGAUGCUACACCUUGUUUGAAUUGUUAGUCUCAAAUUGGUUUUAUAAUUUUUAGAAACACCAUUAAGGAGCUUCAUAUUUAGGCAUCAUGAGCACUGAAUGAAUUCUUCAAAGAAAUUCACAUGUAGAGUUGUCUUGAACCAACUUCAAGCCAGGUUCCCCUAAUUUAGUGGCUGGUAGUUUUGCAUAUAGAGAGCCAGUUUGGUAGUGUGGUUAAAGCACUAAGCUAGAAACCAGGAGAGUGUGAGUUCUAGUCCUGCCUUAGGUACAAAGACUUUGGGGUGACCUUGGGCCAGUCACUCUGUCUUAGCCCUAGGAAGAAGGCAAAGGCAAGCCGCUUCUGCAAACCUUGCCAAGAAAACUGCAAAGACUAGUCCAGGCAGUUGCCAGGAGUCAACAGUGACUCAAAAGUGCACACACAAAAAAAAACCCUUUUGUGUAUAUGAGUAUCAUAUGCAGUCUGCUGGCAGUCCUGAUUUUUCCUACUGAAAUGAUAAGAUUUGCAUAAGAAUUACAUGUUUGUUUCUU